CUCUCUCCACGUCCUCUCCCCUGAGCGGAGGAAAGAGCCGCCACCGCUUCGUGCCAUGUGGAGGGCCAGGGCCCUGGGCGCCUGGGCGCUCCUCGCCAGCCUGGCCGCCGCCCGCUGGGGGGGCCGACAGAAAAUAAUCGUGAAAGAAGCCAGUGGGAAGGUGUUCCUGCAAUGCAAAAUGGACACCCAAAGUCAAGUCACAUGGCUGAAAAGUGGGACUACGAUAGAAAACGUAACACAACUGCACUUGGGUGCAGUUUACGAUGAUCCCAGAGGCAUGUAUAGGUGUGAAACAGAAAGUAAAAAGCAAAGCUCCCCCCUCCAGGUGCACUAUCGAAUGUGCCAGAACUGCAUCGAAGUGGACGCUCCCACCAUCUCGGGGAUCGUGGUCGCAGAUGUUGUCGCCACCAUCUUCCUGGCGGUUGCUGUGUAUUGCAUCACUGGCCAGGACAAGGGACGCAUGUCACGAGCUUCUGACAGGCAGAACCUGAUUGCCAACGAGCAGCUCUACCAGCCCCUUGGCGAGCGGGACGAUGCACAGUACAGCCGGCUGGGACCUGCCAAGGCCCACAAGUGAAGUGGGAAGACACUGGGGCCUGUGACUCCUUCACACCGGGAGUGAUAUUACAGCAAAGCCACCGCCAGCGCCCAAGAGCACCGGUACCCUGCCCUGGCACUGCCUUCGUAAGCUCACUGCAAUGCGGGUUUUUGCCUAGAGAGCCCUCCGGCUCCUUGCCAGGAUGGGCUGCUUGUAGCACUCUGCUCUUUCCGUGACCUCCGGCACUUCUGUGUUCCUCUCAUU